AUGGCUGCUGAACCAGUAGAAGACAAUUGCAUCAGCUUUGUGGAAAUGAAAUUUAUUAACAAUACACUUUACUUUGUAGCUGAAAAUGAUGAAGACCUGGAAUCAGAUUACUUUGGCAAGCUUGAACCUAAGUUCUCAGUCAUACGAAAUUUGAACGACCAAGUUCUCUUCAUUAACCAGGGAAGUCAACCCGUCUUUGAGGAUAUGCCUGAUUCUGACUGUUCAGAUAAUGCACCCCAGACCAUAUUUAUCAUAUGUAUGUAUAAAGACAGCCUCACUAGAGGUCUGGCAGUAACCAUCUCUGUGCACUUUAAGAAAAUUUCUACUCUCUCCUGUAAGAACAAAAUUCUUUCCUUUAAGGAAAUGAGUCCUCCUGAUAAUAUUGAUGAUGAAGGAAAUGACAUCAUAUUCUUUCAGAGAAGUGUUCCAGGACAUGAUGAUAAGAUACAAUUCGAGUCUUCAUUGUACAAAGGAUACUUUCUAGCCUGUAAAAAAGAGAACGACAUUUUCAAACUCAUUUUGAAAGAAAAGGAUGAAAAUGGAGAUAAAUCUGUAAUGUUCACUGUUCAAAACAAGAACUAGAUAUUAAAAUUGCAUAGUUUGAA